UUAAAUUGAGGUAGCAGCAAAAGAAAUUAGCAGAGGCGGCGUUUGCAGGCCGUGACUUUAAUGGUGUAGUAAAUCCUCCUUUGCCCUAAUUUCUCUUUUUCUUUCUUCAUCAUAAGAGUCUAGACCUGCUAUGGAUUUGAUCACCCUACCAAAAUCAUGUCUGGUUUUUUCACUUUAACCAACGUCGGUAAACAACCCUCCUCCGCGGCGGCAACCGCCGCCAACGGAAGUUUCCUUUUGUUUACAAACGACGAGAUCUACGACAACAACAAUAAUAAUACUAAUACUAAUAAUAAUAAUACUUCUACGGAUAAAGCUUUUGAGUUAUGGCAGCAACAAUACUACUAUUAUCAUCACCAGAAAAUGAUUGCUCAGGCAUCUGGUACUGAUGAUACGCCGUCGUUUAGAGCCAUGAAACACGGCAGCGGAGGCGCCGGCGGUGGAGUUAAUUGUCAGGAUUGUGGGAAUCAAGCGAAGAAAGAUUGUCAGAAUUUGAGGUGUCGGACUUGUUGUAAAAGUCGAGGUUUUCAGUGUCAGACUCAUGUUAAGAGUACUUGGGUCCCCGCCGCAAAACGCCGUGAACGGCAGCAACAAGUCUCCGGUGCCGGCGCUGCCUCCGGCUCUCAUCAGAAUGUUAAUAGUAGUGGUAGUCAUCAAGAACAACGGCAGCAGCUUAAUCUUGUUAUUAGAACUUCGAAUGAUCAGAUCCAGAAGAGACAGAGAGAAAAUUCUUCAACAGGGUUAGAGGUGGGACAUAAUUUUCCACCGGAGGUGAAUUCAUCGGCAGUAUUCCGGUGUGUAAGGGUAAGUGGAAUGGACGAUACAGAUGAACAGAUGGCAUAUCAGACGGCUGUAAACAUUGGAGGGCAUGUUUUCAAGGGACUAUUAUAUGAUCAUGGUCCGGAGAACCGUUAUGGCGGUGCCGGCGGCGAGACAUCCUCCGGUGGUGGUGUACAACAACCGCUUAAUCUGAUAUCAUCAUCGGCCGGAAUGACGUCAUUUAUUGAUCCUAAUAAUAUUUAUCCGGCUCCUUUAAGUGCUUUUCUUUCUGGUACUCAAUUCUUCCCACCGCCAAGAUCUUAGUAUGAGGAAGAUGGGUUUCUCUUUCUAUCUCUUCAAAAAUGUUGAUUUAAUAAUUAUGAAAUAUUAUCAUUAUUAAUAUUAUAGUAUUUGUUUCAAUUAAUUCUAACAUGGGUUCAUAUCUAGCUAGCUAGUUGAUAAAAAGAGAAGUGGAGAGGAAAAGGGAAAUGGAUUAUAAUCAUGAUUUUAAGUGUAUGGACAUGACAAUAUAUAUGAAUUCAAGGAUGCUUUUCCUAU